AGGGAGCUGGUCUAGCAGCUGCAGUGUUAACCCGAGGCCCCGCCCCCAACGGGUGGGGCGAAGCGGGGCGUAGGUGAGCGCUGCAGAGAGGCUGCGCCUUGGGACGCCUAUCGCCUGUGCGCCUGCGCGCGGCGCCCAGGGGACGGGGUCCGACUCAGAAAUGGCGGCCUCCAUGUUCUACGGCCGGCUGGUGGCCGUCGCCACCCUUCGGAACCACCGGCCUCGGACGGCCCAGCGGGCCGCUGCUCAGGUUCUGGGAAGUUCUGGAUUGUUUAAUAACCAUGGACUCCAAGUACAGCAGCAACAGCAAAGGAAUCUCUCACUACAUGAAUACAUGAGUAUGGAAUUAUUGCAAGAAGCUGGUGUCUCCGUUCCCAAAGGAUAUGUGGCAAAGUCACCAGAUGAAGCUUACGCAAUUGCCAAAAAAUUAGGUUCAAAAGAUGUUGUGAUAAAGGCACAGGUUUUAGCUGGUGGUAGAGGAAAAGGAACAUUUGAAAGUGGCCUCAAAGGAGGAGUGAAGAUAGUUUUCUCUCCAGAAGAAGCAAAAGCUGUUUCUUCACAAAUGAUUGGGAAAAAAUUGUUUACCAAGCAAACGGGAGAAAAGGGCAGAAUAUGCAAUCAAGUAUUGGUCUGUGAGCGAAAAUAUCCCAGGAGAGAAUACUACUUUGCAAUAGCAAUGGAAAGGUCAUUUCAAGGUCCUGUAUUAAUAGGAAGUUCACAUGGUGGUGUCAACAUUGAAGAUGUUGCUGCUGAGACUCCUGAAGCAAUAAUUAAAGAACCUAUUGAUAUUGAAGAAGGCAUCAAAAAGGAACAAGCUCUCCAGCUUGCACAGAAGAUGGGAUUUCCACCUAAUAUUGUGGAAUCAGCAGCAGAAAACAUGGUCAAGCUUUACAGCCUUUUUCUGAAAUAUGAUGCAACCAUGAUAGAAAUAAAUCCAAUGGUGGAAGAUUCAGAUGGAGCUGUAUUGUGUAUGGAUGCAAAGAUCAAUUUUGACUCUAAUUCAGCCUAUCGCCAAAAGAAAAUCUUUGAUCUACAGGACUGGACCCAGGAAGAUGAAAGGGACAAAGAUGCUGCUAAGGCAAAUCUCAACUACAUUGGCCUCGAUGGAAAUAUAGGCUGCCUAGUAAAUGGUGCUGGUUUGGCUAUGGCCACAAUGGAUAUAAUAAAACUUCAUGGAGGGACUCCAGCCAACUUCCUUGAUGUUGGUGGUGGUGCUACAGUCCAUCAAGUAACAGAAGCGUUUAAGCUUAUCACUUCAGAUAAAAAGGUACUGGCUAUUCUGGUCAACAUUUUUGGAGGAAUCAUGCGCUGUGAUGUUAUUGCACAAGGUAUAGUCAUGGCAGUAAAAGACUUGGAAAUUAAAAUACCUGUUGUGGUACGGUUACAAGGUACACGAGUCGAUGAUGCUAAGGCACUGAUAGCGGACAGUGGACUUAAAAUACUUGCUUGUGAUGACUUGGAUGAAGCUGCUAGAAUGGUUGUAAAGCUGUCUGAAAUAGUGACCUUAGCGAAGCAAGCACAUGUGGAUGUGAAAUUUCAGUUGCCAAUAUGAUCUGAAAACCCAGUGGAUGGCUGAAGGUGUUAAAUGUGCUAUAAUCAUUAAGAAUACUGUGUUCUGUGUUAUUGUUCUUUUUCUUUUUAGUGUGUGGAGAUUGUAAUUGCCAUCUAGGCACACAAACAUUUAAAAGGAUUUGGUCUGCAUUUAAUUGUACCAUUCAGAAUGGACUGUUUGUACGAAGCAUGUAUAAUGCAGUUAUCUUCUUUCUUUUGUUGCAGCCAGUCUUUUUUGCUUCUCCUACAAAACGUAACUUGCAAUUUGCCAGUUUAUUGUUGUUGGAUACAAGGUUCUUCAUUGAUAAGAGUCCUAUAAAUAAGAUAAAUAUGAAGAUAAAGCUUUAUUCUUUAGUGUUAAAAUACAGUAUAUCUAAUAACUAUCCUCAUUAGUAGAGCAGUAUAUUAAAACAAUGUUUUAUGUAAAAAGUGUUUAUCUUCAGCACCAAAUACAUAAUAAAUGUAUCAGUCACUAUUUAUAAACAGAGCUUUCAAACACUCCUCAGAAUAUUCUUCUAAGUAUUUUGAUGAAAUAACUUUGUAAUUAUUUGAACAUUGUUUUAAUCAUUAGGAAACACUGAUUAACUGCAAGUCUUCAUGAUUCUGUCAUAUUAAGAAGCACCUGUAGGUUUGUUUCAAAUAAAGGCAUAUUUACCAAGGACUUGUAGACAAAAUUAAGAAUGUCAAUUUAAGUUAAUAAAAAUCUCCCAAUAUGA